AUGGAAACCAUACCCGCCUUACAACACAUAAAAACUGUCAUCAAACCUGAUCUGGCUUUCAUCCACUUUUAUUGCCUGAAAGGAAUAACAACUUACUGGUCAGAAACAAUUUUUAUUUUAUUCAUAAUGUUAUACUUAACGAUAAUUAUAAAAAGAAGAAAGAAAGGCUAUCAAAACACCAGAAAUACUAUUUCCUUGUCUCCGAUUUUUGAUAACUUAUUUGAAAGACUUAUUCGAUAUUAAAAAUUCGCGGGAAAAUCGAUCUAAAUAUUAAACUGCAUAGUCUACGAGAAUGCCGUUUUUGGGCGCAAUAGAGUCGCUUGCAUUGCUCUGGGGUAUGAGCUCUGGGUGACGUAGUAAUUUUAUUAUUUGAGCUAUUUCCCACAAACGAAAGGAUACACGAGUCAAAUGAACGAAGCGCAAGAUCCUCCUAGCCUGACGUGUUCCAGACUCCAAGAUAGGCAAGUGCGGAGAUCGUGAAAAUUGAUACUAAAAACGCGCGGGGGCUGGGGAGAGAAAAGGUUGCCUCCCCCUUUCCCAGAUCACGCGCGUCCUAUUUUCCUUUACCUUAUUUUCGCGACACUCCUACUAUCUGAGAGCCUGGCACAGGCUAGAUCUACCAUGAAACACUGUCUUAUUUCCUAGGAGUAUAAUAUAUGUACUCGAUUACACACCACCUCCAAUUAAACGCCCUAGAUGGAAGCAAAAUUACCACUAAACGCCACCCUCCCAUAAACACCGCACACAAUACAAUAAUAGAGAAGAAGAAGUGAUGACGUCACAAAAACUGAAUUGGUGAAAUUUUGGGAGUGGUUGGUAUAUACAGAUAGAAGAAGAUGAUUGCCCCUGGCUAAAAAAACAGUCAAUUGAUGCAAAUUGGUGACGAGAUAUAAGCACUAUCAUGCUCCCAAGACUCCAUACAAAGUUUUCUGGAAAAGGCCUGGACCGUAAACGUUACGAUCCAAGCCAAUUGUAGGGGGAUUUGUAUGGAGUCAUCGGAACUUAACAGUGCCCUUGGCUCGUCACCAAUUUGCGCCAACUGACUCAUUGUUAACAAGGGGACAUUUUUCAUCGUAUCCUUUUUUCUGCAUGUGCAAACCAAUCAGUCCCUUAAUUUCCCAAAUUUUAAUUUGCGUGAAACAGUGGCCAUGUUGGUGUCCCAAACCAAUCCUGUGGGAGUUGAACUCUUUUCUUAUGGAAACGCUUUCUUUUUAAUUUUGUUCCAAUGAAUUUGCAUAGAUGCUGGCCACGUGAGUGAAAGCACUCUAUAGGCGAGUAAUCUCGAGUAUUAUAAGAAAAAGCUCGGUAAAAAAAAUAUGUUCAUACACUCCCAUAUUCUCUCGAAAACCAUAGUUACCCGAAUUCAGACCGAAAUAGGCGAAGUCUAUACCCGUUUUUAGAUCAAAACGACGCACAAACUUAACCAUACCCUUAAGGGCGGCACAUACUUAUAAGGCAAAUAUUAGGGAGUACCUUCCCAUCCCCCCCCAAGGGUCAUCUUUGUGAAGGCGAGACAAUCAGUGAAUGCUGUUGGGUGGGGCAAAGCAGCAACUUCUUGUCUCAUAUAAACGAUCGCUAAAGUUGACUCGUCCAGGGGUGGGGUUGGGGGGGGGGGGGGCAAUCAACGGGGCCUCAGUGAAGUAGUGGUGUAUUGUUAUUGAUUCCUUGUUCUUCUUAUCAAAGGGCUCUCUUCGAAGCAUUGAAUAUCCCUAUGAUGGGCGGAUCAGCAGAAUCGAGAUACCUUAGCAUGGACAAACUAAAGACACGCAGUGUUUUGCAAGCCUACAACGAUGUCUCUUGUGCUGAGGGAGUAGUUCUUAAAAAAGGUAUUUUCUGCAGUGCUCUGCUUUUGGUAGAGCACUGCAGCGCUUACGCAGUUCGAAUCUCGUUGAAGUCCCGAAAUGUUUUUCAGCGUUAAUUUGGAAUUGCUUAAAUUGCACCUACCACUGCGACGAUCAUAUCUUCAUUUAAAUUUGUAUCUCCACAUUUCGCAUCAUCUUCAUUCUACGUUUCCUUCCUUUCAUGGGUUGAGAUGAACUCAACAAAUUGGCCUGCUCCCAAUACAUGCGUCUUCAUAGCUCAAUCGGUAGAGCACUCUAGCGCUAGCGUAGGGGCCGUGGGUUCGAAUCCCUUCGAACUCCCGAUUUUUUUCCCGGCUAAUUUGCAGUUGCUUAAAUUGUAAUUACCACUGCGACGAUCAUAUCUUCAUUUACAUUUCUACUUUUUGCUGCUAAAAAAAAAAAAAAAGAUGUGGUAGUCGCAGAACCUCACGUCGGCAUGUGCAGCCUGAGAGCGAGCUAUCUUGAGUGGGAAAAAAGGGGUCGAUUUCGAUAGAAGUAUUGAAAGCGUUCAGUACAUUUUUUUGGUUACAGGAGAUCGGAUACCAUAUGAGCACAUCCAGUAUCCGUGUGUUGUCAAGGCGAGCAAAGGAGAGGAUACCAGAGCAGUACGACUGGUAAAGGACCAGCAGUCGUUAGAUGCAGCUAUUGCGCAUGCGCUGACUUUCUCGACCCAAGUCAUUAUUGAAAGGUAGGUUGUAAGGUUGAAAUUAUUCUUCUGCGGGAAUGUUUUUUGGAUGCGCUAUCACUGAGAAAAGAUGUGCAGUAUAAUAGAUAUAUAGGCCAAAAAAUAAAUCAACGUCGAGUAAAAUUGUCAUAUUCUCUCUGGGGACUUGACAAUAUGAUAGUUUAAGCUCUAUCACGUAACACUAACACCCCGUGUAUACCCCUUGACUAUCCUAUACGUGUCUGUACAUUGUGAGCCUCUUCUAGAAGGUCAGUUCCUCUUCCCAAUAGCGUGCUCAGUCUUUUUGGUGUUUUACGCACCCCACCCACCUCUCGCAGCGAUGAACUAACAGGAGCUUCCAGUAUCCCACCGCCUUGUGCUGAGUCUACCAUAUCUUAUUAGCAUUUCAGGCAUUGUUUGAGGAUUGCUCCAAUAAGAAUAUUUUAAUACUUAAUAGAAGAAACAAAAUGACAGAAAAAAUGGGAAACAUAAUUCUUUUCAAAAGAGCGUUGUCGUGAAAUCAUCAUACGCUAUCAUCUUUUUUGUCUCGGUUACAGUCAGCCGGACAGUUGAAGGGUUUGGAUAAUUAAACGCGUCGCUUGGUAAGAAAAGGAGGCGCAUAUGUUAUCAUUAAACAACGUGGAUUCAAAGAUUUAAUGCGAUUUGGAUGAAUUCAGCUUAGUGCUGAAGCAAGUUUGUGUUCUGAUGCAGAUUCAUAGAAGGACGGGAGAUCCGUUGCGCCGUCAUCAAAUCAGAAGAAACUGGGAAUAUAAAGGCUUUGUCGUGUAUGGAAUACAACGUGUGCCAGGAUGACAUCCGUAAGUCCGAGGAGAAGUAUGUCUAUAAUCAAGAAGGAUUGCCUGUAGGUGAGUAUUCCAUUUUUUUACAGUCAUAAACAAAGUCAAAAUCGAAAGCGCUGUUCGAUUUAGCGUGCAAGCAAGCUCUCUCCAUUUUAUUCAGCGUCCUCGGCGAUAUCGAAUCUGCCGUCACCUGUAUGCCUUGUCGGAAGAAUUCGCCCAGGACUAUCCCGCCCGGUUCCAAGCAUCCUCUGCUCACUCGGAUAGGACGACCUGGCCUGGGAAUGAGGCUGGGGAUAUCGAGAGAAGUCACGAGCUCGCAACUCGAAAUGGAGAGCUUGCUCACAGGCUUUGCUUGUUCGAAGAGGAGGAGCGAGAGAUAGGAAAAGCUAGGAGCGUAUAACCUAAAAAUAGCCUAAAAUGUAAAUACACUUUUGCCGUAAUCAGUGGGAGAUGGAGAAUCUGGAAAAGCUAAAAGGAGAUUUUCAGGCCCGCGAAUUAGGGCAUGUCGCGCAAAGGAUUUUGAAGUUUUCAAAUGCUUUUGUAGAAUACUUUCUUGGGAAAGCAGAUUUAAACAUUAUCUGCCGUUGAUCAGGCAUCUUGACUUGAUUUUUCACUGUUCUUGGCCUGAUUCUCUUCCGCCAGAUCAUGAAUUAUCAGUUAACUGUCCCAAUUCAAUAUUAAACUGGUCGAUAUAUGUCCAGUUCUAUUUAUUAUUACCUAAACGUCCAUGUAGUGUUCGAUAACUGACUCGUCCCAAGUCGUUUCUCAGCCUCUUGUGAAUUUUAACGGGAGUAGCGAGGUCAAGAGGAGAGCAAGGGAUGACGGGAAGGAGGAAAGAGUGGAGACUCUCUUCCGUUUUCCUCGUUCCCAUUUCCCCUCGUGCUCCAUUCGGUCACGCCGCUCGCCGCAUGCGAUACAAAUAGAGACGAUGGUCCCUGUAAAAUAUUUUUCGGUCAAUGCAUUUUGGUGACGGCUAUCGAGACAUUUUUAAACUGUCUAGUUUUUAGUAUUAUGCAUUGUUCAUUCUGUAUUUCUGCAUUUCAAGUAAUUAUAACGUUGUCUGGUUUUCAUUUCAUGGGUUUUAUCUUUGGCUAUCGAGACAUUUUUAAAUGUCUAUUUUUCCCUUAGUAAUUAAUCUGUGGGUUCGCAGAGGGAAAGGAGCAGAGAGGUGUUACUAUUUUUUCUUUCUUUCUUUCUAUAAUAGGCAAGCCAGCAGAAGUUAAGACUUGGUAUCUUGACACUGAAAAGGAAGGAGAACUAAUAAGGCGUAUCCAGCAGCAAAGCUGUCGAGCCUUUCUCGAGUUAGACCUCCAAGACUUUGGUCUUUUCGACUUCCGAAUAGACAACAAUGGAAAUCCAUUUCUACUGGAAUGCAACCUGUUCUGGUCGUUUACUUCAUUGUGUCCCUUAAGUGCAGUCGCUAAGGGUUCUGGCUUUACUAUUGAAAGUUUGUUUGAUUUAAUGGUUCAGAACGCUUUGUUUCGGAAAGAGAAGGAAGGAAUGAAAGUUUAAGCUUUUCCUCAGACUUUGAUUUAGCACACAGGAGGCAGUGCGGCUGAUCAUGAGCAGUUACAGGGCUGGAAUUGCAUUCCGGAGGCUCUGAUUUCAUUCAACGCUUUAACCGCUAGCUGGAUUUAUGUUCUCUGUAGUCCCAAAUUAAUCUCCUCGGCCACAAUUGUCGCUAACUGGUUUGCCUCUGACCUUAGGAUGAGUAACCUUGAUUGUUAAGUUCAUUUUGAUCAUCCUGACGAUCCUCAGUCCUUAUUUGUGAGCUUCAAAAAACCUUUUGCGAUUGCCCAGACUAGCGAUAAUGUGUUUUUAAAUUAUUAUUGUUAUUAUUGUUAUUUUAUUCUUAUCUUUAAUCUUUUUUCAACAUUAAUGAACAACAUGCGAUGAAAAAUAUGUAUUUAUAAUAAAAUCACAAAUCUU